AAGUAGCGUUGUCCGACUCCGUGCUCAACCUGUAUUUUUGUACUCCAUGGAAGGGCCAUGUAACCUAUGCUAGUGAAGUGUAGCAAAUGGAAGGUUUUAAGGUGAAAGAUGAACCGAUGGAUGCAUUAGCCAUAGACAGUCAGGUUAUGGAUGAGAACAUUGUGAGCGUCGUGCUUAAGGAGGAACCAGGCGAUAGAACAUUUGAUCCAGACUACAUGGAGGAUAUUUGCUCAGGCACUUUUGAGAAGGGCACUCUGUUUUUGCCUAUCGAAAACAAUGAGGUGGAUUUCUCUAAUGAAAUGGUGAAAUUAGAGUUGGAAGGAGAAUCGACCAGUCAUCAGAACUGGUCGCAAAUAGCGAAUACUAAUUUAUGUGACAAGGAAGAUGUGAUGCAACGAUGCUUAACUAAUGCAAAUUUUAUACAAACGCAAGACCCUGAUAAGCACCAAGGAUUCUGUCAAAAUGGGCAACAACCGAAAUUCUAUAAGAUCCAAUGCUCAAUGUGCAAGAAAUGGUUUUUGAAUAAUGAUUCCAUGGUGACGCAUCUAAAGACACACUGUAGUGGAAAUCAAUGUGAGGUCUGUCAACAGAAUUUUACUGACAACUCUAGCCUGCAUGCCCAUAUGUUAACUCAUGUUGGAAUGAGUCCAUUAGAGUGCAACAUCUGUCAAAAAAGAUUCGCUUAUAAAUGGAGCUUAAGAAGUCACAUGCAAUUACAUGUAUUAGAUAAACCUUAUGAUUGUGAUGCAUUACAGCAGGCUUUUAUGAAACGAGCUGGUUUAAAUGAACAGAUAAUGCCAAUGGAGGACAAACCCUUUGAAUGUGACGUGUGUCACAUGACGUUUAAAGAGAAAAUUAAUUUGAAUCGACACAUGACCAAUCACACAAAUGCAGACAAACCCUAUAAAUGCACGAUUUGUUUUGAGGCGUUCAAGGAGAAGGCGAAAUUGAACAUGCAUUUGCCACUCCAUACGGGAAAUAAGCAUUUCAAGUGUACAUUGUGUCAUAGAUCGUUCGCCCAAAAAACUGCGCUCAACAAUCACAUGCUGGCACAUAGUGGUGAGAAACCGCAUGCAUGUAACAUUUGUGAAAAAACCUACAAGAGAAAAUCAGAAUUAAUUAGGCAUACUAUGGUUCACACUGGUGAGAGACCAUAUGAGUGUAAAGAGUGCUUAAUGACUUUUCGAGAAAAGGCCAAACUGAAUUCACAUAUGUUGGUCCACACGGGCGAGAAACCGCAUGAGUGUCACAUCUGUAACAAGGCAUGCGCAAGGAAGUCAGAUUUGAACAGUCACAUGUUAUUACACACUGGUGGUCAAUAUGAUUGCAAGGUUUGCGACAAAAUCUUCACCAGGAAAUCUGAUCUGAAUCGGCAUACUUUAAUACACACCGGUGAGAAACCGUUUGCGUGCAAUAUGUGCGACAUGGCGUUCAGGGAGAAGACACGAUUAAAUUCGCACAUGAUCGUACAUACAGGCGAUAAGCGACACGCAUGUCACAUUUGCCAGAAGACAUUCAAGGAAAAGUCGUCGUUGAGGAAACAUAUGUUAAGUCACACUGGUGACAGACCAUAUCAAUGUUAUGUGUGUCAGAAAGCUUUUACUCAGAAAACCACAUUGACCAGCCACAUCCUGAUUCACGCCGAUGACAGACCAUUUGAAUGUAGUUCUUGUCAAAAAAUAUGCAAAGAUAAAGCAGCGUUGAAAAAGCACUUAUUGGUGCACGUUAACGACAAAACUAACGAAUGUCUUAUUUGUAUGAAAAAAUUCACCCAUAAAACAGCAUUAAAUAGUCACCUGUCAAUUCACAUAUCCUAACUACACGGAUCUAGUCUAUUACGGCUUUCUGUUUCUUUACAUUGAGCACCGUAUGUUUGUAGUUGUAUAGCAUACUUCCAU